CCAUGAGCAGCUUUAGAGAUGUGAUUCAGGAACGCUGCCAUGCUAGAUGGAAGCAGUUGUAAGUGUUUAAUGUCAGCAAGACUCUAAUACGAUCAAGAUGGAGCCUGUCUUCUGCUCCAGCACUGGAUUUUUGUAACUGGAGGAUUCUGACUAGAGGUAAUGCGCUGCUGCAUUUGCCAUAACACAAACUACUCUAAUUCUGUGAAGGAUUCUUGUGAUCAGAGAGAUCUGGAAGAAAUCGUUCUAUUAACUGGAUGCUUGGGAUUUUACUUACAGAUGGUCUCAGGGACAGAAUGAAAAGCUGCAGCAUUUCCAAUUUUAAGUCAUGUUCAAAAAAGGUUUUACCAUUUAGAAGAAUUAUGGUAUUAAGGCUAAAUUCAUCUUGCUUUCUUAAAAGAUCUUUUGAAAUGAGAGCAAGCACAGGCAUUUUGAUUAAGCUGUGCAUAUACAUUUAAUAUAGUGGAAAGGUUGUGGAUAGAGAGAGAACUAUGUUUUCUUUCUUUCUUUCUUUCUUUUUUUUCAUAAGCAGUGUGGGAUAGAAAAAGCUCUAGGACUUUAUGACUCUCCAGCUAAUCACCUCAAGAGCUUUGACAAAACUCACUUGAGUUCUGUGUAAAAUCAGAACUCCUAAAACGCCCAGGCGGCUGGGCUCUCCCCUCCUCCCCUCUCUUCGUACAGCCUUUCUCGCAUGCACACUCCUCAGAGGCAGGAAAUACUUUCCAGGCAAUCUGGGCCUGGUUGUGGAGGCCCCUUUUGCAAAACCUCAGUCUGAAUUUAGUAGACAGAAGUCACUAGGAAUGCCUUGACAGGAUCCUGCCUUAGCUAAGGCUCCCUCCAGCUGCAGAGGGUGUUUUUGUUAGAAUCACACACUGCGUGAAACUGCUCAGAAUAGAGCCAUGAUCUCAACCACGAAAUGGGAACUUAGAUUUUGGAGAAACUAACGGGGACGGACUUCUUUCCUAGCCUGAGUGUUGAGCAGUGUCAUGCCUUGGCGUUUCAGCUCCUCGUUGUCUAGGUGGUGAAAUGACAGAACUCAUUCCCUUCUUUGAUUGGUGAUUUUGAAAUAAUCUUUCAUCAAGUUCCAUCUCCUUUACCCUCAUAUGGAGUAUAUCUCUCUGUCUGUUGUUAAACUAUGAUGACAUGUCUGUAGCUAUCAGAAAGAGAAGCUGGGAAGAACAUGUGACCCACUGGAUGGGACAGCCUUUUAAUUCUGAUGAUUGUAACACAGCAUGUCAUCAUGGACUAGUAGCUGACAGCUUGCAGGCAAGUAUGGAAAAAGAUGCAACUCUAAAUGUGGACCGCAAAGAAAAGUGUGUUUCACUACCUGACUGCUGUCAUGGAUCAGAGCUGAGAGAUUUUCCUGGGAGGCCAAUGGGUCAUCUUUCAAAGGAUGUGGACGAAAAUGACAGCCAUGAAGGUGAAGAUCAGUUUCUUUCUUUGGAAGCCAGCACAGAAACACUAGUGCAUGUUUCUGAUGAGGAUACCAAUUCUGAUUUAUGCCUUACAGAUGAUAAACAGGUUUUAAAUACCCAAGGGCAGAAAACAUCAGGCCAACAUAUGAUUGAAGGAGCAGGCUCCUUAGAAAAGGCACUGCCCAUCUUACAAAGUAACCAAGUUUCUUAUAACUCCUGGGGAAUAGCUGGUGAAACUGAAUUAACACUGGUAAAAGAAAGUGGGGAGAGAAAAGUUACUGGCUCUAUAAGUAAAAGCCUGGAGCUUUGCAAUGCAAUAAGCUUAAGUGAAAUAAAAGAUGCAACCAAAGUAGAUGCAGUUGACACUUUGAAUGUGAAAGAUAUUGCACCUGAGAAACAAUUGCUUAAUUCUGCUGUAAUUGCUCAGCAACGAAGGAAACCUGACCCCCCUAAAGAUGAAAAUGAAAGAAGCACCUGCAAUGUACUACAAGAUGAGUUCUUGGAUAUUCCUUGUACAAACAGAGGACUGCCAUUAUUAAAAACAGAUUUUGGAAGCUGCCUUCUGCAGCCUCCUUCCUGCCUCAAUGGAAUGUCAGCUGAAAAUGGCCUGGAGAAGGGUGGUUUUUCACAACAUCAAAACAAAAGUCCACCAAAGGUCAAGGCAGAAGAUGGCAUGCAGUGUUUACACUUAAAGGAGACCCUGGCCACCCAGGAACCCACAGAUAACCAAGUCAGACUUCGUAAGAGAAAGGAAAUAAGAGAAGAUCGAGAUAGGGCGCGGCUGGACUCCAUGGUGCUGCUGAUUAUGAAACUGGACCAGCUUGAUCAGGACAUAGAAAAUGCCCUCAGCACCAGCUCCUCUCCGUCGGACACACCAACAAACCUGCGGCGGCACGUUCCUGAUCUGGAAUCAGGAUCUGAAAGUGGAGCAGAUACCAUUUCAGUAAAUCAGACACGAGUAAAUUUGUCUUCUGACACUGAGUCCAUGGACCUCCCAUCUUCCACCCCAGUGGCCAAUUCUGGAACCAAACCCAAGACUAUGGCUAUUCCAGGUAUUUCAGAGAAAGAAAAGGCUGCAGCGGUAAAAUCAGUAAAGUUGGAAGUGGAUGAAGAUAAGAGCACAAAGAGAUCCAAUCUUUCCAACUUGGAAGUGGCAAUUGGUUUGUCUCCUUACACCUUUCCCCAAAAGAGGCUUUUCCACGUUGCUGGAGAAGAAAACAUCGCCUAGGCGGGUGUGUGCCUGGCAGAACACUGCACUCCAAUCUCCUCGGGCAGCCACAAAAAAAAAAAGGUGGGGUUGACGCCGGGGGGCAGCUCUUCAGUAAGAUGUGACAAUAUGCCAGUUUCACCAAUGAUAAGAGAAGCCUAAGACACCAACAGUCAGCAUAGGCCACAGGUCAUGUUUGACAGUGCAAAGCUGCAAGGUCCUUCAGACAAAGCAAAUAGGAGAGUGGGUUCCAAAGCCUGCCAACAGGGUCCCGAAAGCUAAAAGGGAAACUUUCCUAAAGAACCCGGGAAACAAUGUAAGGAUGCUAAAUUGGUCAUUUAAGGAUGCCCUCCCUGGUUAGAAGAAACUCCCUUUGCAUACUUUCCACUCUCUUUAACCAUUCUGAGGAUUUCCUAGCCAUCCAUAAUGUCUGUUCACUUUCUGCAUCAACUUGCAAUUUGUUCUGUACCACACUUGAAAUCUUCACUUAGAAGAGAAAGAGAAGCCCUGGGAUAUUGUACUCAGAAUAUAUCUUCUUAUAAAGAAAACAAACAGCCAGGCCCAGUGGCUCACACCUGUAAUCCCAACACUUUGGGAGGCUGAAAUGGACGGAUCCCUUGAGAUCAAGAGUUCGAGAGCGGCCUGGCCAACAUGGAGAAACCCCAUCUCUACUAAACAUACAAAAAUUAGCCAGGCAUGGUCGGGGGGGGGCGCCUGUAAUCCCAGCUAUUCAGGAAGCUGAGGCAUGAGAAUCGCUUUAUCUGGGAAGGCAGAGGUUGCAGUGAACUGAGAUCACGCCACUGCACUCCAGGCUGGGCAACAGAGGGAGACCCUGUCUCCAAAUAAAACGGAAACAAAGAUAACAUAAACAAAACACUUAUGAAAAAAGGAAACAAACAUAACAUAAACACUUAUGAAACGCAUCAAGUUACCAAAUUCUCAUUAAGCAUUGGUUUGAAAUUUUAUUGUACAGUUGGGUCCAUACAGCAGACGUGGCUAAGAUACAUAAAAGAUGAGACCGCAUUAUUGAAGAGGCGUCAAACAGGGAAAAGGAAGUUGCUAUGUGGUUUCUUUCGCUGGAAAUGAAAGCCUCUCAAGUUUCUUAUUUAAUUCACGCAAGAAAACAACUAAUUAGUGUUUUUUAAAUAGCAUAUAUAUUCAAAUGGUAUAUCUGUGGAUUUAAAACCAAUCAUUUUCUAACAUCUUUUCAAGAUUCUGUAGUUUAUGGGUUCACUGAAAAUCUGAUGAGUCCUGAUUAACUUGGGAAGACAUUAUUCUUUAAUCUGUAUGUAGAAAUGCAGAGGCUUCUGUUGUUAUUUCUAUAUAUUUCAAAGAUGUAAAGUGUCUUAUAGGUGAGAAUAAUGCCCACAGAGGUGUGUAAUGCACAAUUGUGCACCUCUAUACAGUGGGCCCAGGUAUAUGUACACAUCUGUGUAGUCAUUUUGCUUUCCUGAGCUACAUACAGCCAAAAAUAAUGUCUGAAGAAAAUUCUGUUUUCUCAGUGCCUGUAAAUUCCUUAUCUAUGGAUAUUUAAUGUUGAUAUUAUCAUGCAGAAUUUUUAUUAAGUCUUUCACUUUAUCUUUGAGCGAGACUAAAAUGAAGAGCAGUCCAUUAAUGUCUGUCUUAAACUCCCACUACAUUCAACAUCUCUUUUUGAGAUGUGAGGAUUCCAAAAGAAAAUUAAGCAAUUUAAAAGUCUAUACAAUAGCAAACAGAAAGCGAUACAAAUAAAAAAUGUAAAUGGCGCCCUUCAGUAAAGCAAAUUUGGAUGAGAUCAAAUGAAAAUGAGCGAAAGCUUAAGCUAGAAACAAACAUUUAGUCAAACGGAAAACAUUUCUGGACUUCUGCUUUUCAGACCUGUCUGCCUCCCAAGCUGUUAUAUGGUGAUAUUGAAAAUGCUUUACAUAUCACAGAGAUAACUGAAGGAUUAAAGGCGUGUUUGAAGUUCUUGGAACUGUUCUAAGAAAGCCACUCGAGAAAGCACAAGCACCGUCAAUGAUAGUGUGCAGUCCAUCAUUAAAAACGGGCAAUCAUUUGUCACCCAUUUCAUCUUUUCCUAUUUUCUCACAUUAAACUAUCACAUUAUAGUUAACAUUUUGAAAAUCAAUUUUGUGUUGCAUAAUGAGUGCCCAGAGCAAUACCAAAACCAUAUAAACCAAGACAAGCAGAAAAAGAUGGUCUUAUGAAAUGAACAAAUAAGAAUUCACUCAUGUCAAGCAUUAUGCUAAGCACUAGAGACAUAGCAAUAAAUGCAGACGCAACCCUGCCCUCAUGACUAGCAGAGCAGAGAGUAAUUCCUGAUUCUUCCAAAAACAAAACAAAACAAAAGCAGUGUGCCAUUAAAAUGUGUAUGCACACAGGGACCUAACAUAGUCUAGGGGAAGAUCAGGAAUAUAGAUAGGGCAGAGGGAAUUGUGGAAGCUGGGAAGGCCAUCAUGGCUGGUUGGUCAUCCUGAUAUUUUUAAAAAGCCAUGUAUGUUGUUGAGAGGAAUGGAAGCCUCUGUAAUUUAAACUUAAUAACAUAACAUAAAUUUCUUAACAAAGAAAUUCUCUAUGGAGUGUUUACAUUUUUAUACCAUAACUUGUUGAAACUGGGGUCAGUGCUCAUUGUUUUGUCUAUCAGGGACAGUACCAGCUGCUUUCAUGCAUGCCUUUUCUAUGGGGUGUUAAUGUCCUGGUUAUGAUUUAUUUAAUCUCGUUGUUGACCAGCUUUAGUUUGUCAACAUUUGACAUAGGAGUUGUGUUAAAAUUUCAUUCUAGCAUGCUAACAUAUACAAUACACAGUUAUUUUACCUGCCAGGAUUUCAUGUAUGUUUCCAAAAAAAGCCACUACUCUUCCUCAGUUUGGGGGUUUGUUUUCUUUUCAAUUCCAGCCUAGUUUUUAUUUCUACUUUAUAGUUAUCAUGCUGUAACAAAUAGUUUCAAUUAAAAGGAAUUAGGAAAAAGAAAUUGACAUUUUCACCUACCAAAUCCUGGUAAGGUAUUAUUGUGUUUUAUAUCUAAUAGAGGAAACAUGACUAGCAUUUGUUGAUAACUGGUACAGUGGCUUGCAAGGAGUUUUAGAAAGAGACCAAUAUUUACCUCAAAAGUUCCCUACAGAAGAUAUUGCUCUCCUUCUCUUUCUUCUCCACACCCAGCUGAUGCAAGCGAACCCCAAAGGUGGGGCUCAGCCUCAGAGGGUUCUUGGCUUCACUCAGGAAAGAAUGCAAGUGUGAGCUGACAGUGAAAGAAAGCAAGUUCAUUAGAGCAACAGUGUACAGCAAAACGGUGCUCCACAGACAGAGCGGGGAUACCCCUAGGCAAAGUAGCACAGAGUAGCCCUUGUGCAUUGAUGGCUAGCUAUAUUCGUGCUCACUCCUAACUAUAUGCUAAAUGAGAAGUGUAUUAUUCACAAACUUUCUGGGAUAUGGGGCAAGGAGUUCCCAGAACCACAUAAGGUAACUUCCAGGUCAUUGCCGUGGCAUUUAUAAACUGUCAUGGCACUGGUGGGCAUAUCUCAAGCAAAUACAUAAUAAUUCCUAGUCCUGGCUGGUUUGAGGCACUUUCUUUGCUACAUCCUAUUUAGAUCAGGAGGGUCUUGAAAACAAGUCCUGCUCAUCUCCUACCUCACCCCCCCUAUUUAUUUGUUUAGUAGUUAUAAGUCUAGAAGAAUGAGAAAACUAACACUCUAUUCAUUUUAAAUUUUCAUUCUAUUCCUACAGAUGAAAUGAUUUAAAACUAAUAGAUUAUUUAAGGCAGAAGAACUUCAGACCAGAGAAAGAGACUUAAAAGCGGCAAGAACAGCAAAUGCUUUAUUUGGUUUUCAUUCUGAAGAUAAUAAGGGCUAAAUCAAUUUCCUCAAAAGAUGUCAAAGUAUGUAUUUAACUAUCAAGUCACUAAAAGUGGAAAACCUAAAGCGGUUCUAUUGAACCACCAGGUACCAAAUAACUGAUGAGGACCAACAGCCUUACAAUAACAAAAUAUCAAUUUUCUUCUUUCCAAAAGUCAGAGAAAGUAUUUCUAAAAUUGAUUUAAUGUAGUAAAUGAAUUUUCAAUAGAAAGGUUUUUGAAAGAUAGACCGCUAUAAAAGAGCAAAUCUUAUUGCUUCUGUUUACUUUAUGAUGCAAUUUUACACCUAUUAGCAGGGUUAGCAUACUUCAAUUUAUUUCUUCUAAACUUUUGUCUCCAGUAAAAGUUUGUUGACAUGGACAUUGACAAUGACAAUGCCUCCAAUAAAAGUUUGUUGGGGGGAGGGGGGAGGGAUAGCACUAAGAGAUAUACCUAAUGCUAAAUGACAAGUUAAUGGGUGCAGCACACCAGCAUGGCACAUGUAUACAUAUGUAACUAACCUGCACAUUGUGCACAUGUACUCUAAAACUUAAAGUAUAAUAAUAAAAUAAAAUAAAUAAAAAUAAAAAAAUUAAAAAAAGAAAUUGCUUUGUAAAUUCCAAAAAAAAAAAGUUUGUUGACAAUGACAUUGUUGAUGUCAUUCAGUGCUGUAAUCUUUGAUCUUCCCCCUUUAAUAAAUAUUCUGGUCUUCUUAAAACAGUAAAGAUACCCAGAAUUGAGGGUGGAGGUGGGAAACCACAUUUGCUAAGCACAAAAGAACAGGAUAGAACUUUUGGAAUAUGCUGUGUUUUGUUAGCUGUUUAAAAAAAAAUAAAAGCAAGAAAUUAGCAAGAAAUCAGUAUUGACAGAUGGGCAACAAGUUUGCGAUUUUUUCUACCCUUGCUCCGGUAGGUAGCACUUAACUAUAGAAAUUUAAGAGGAAGAAAAAAACAUUUCCCUCUACUCUGUAACCAACACCAAACACCAAAAUUUAGCAACCAUAAUCUUAAUAUUUCAAAGGUCAUAACUGAUUUUAGCUUAUUGCCUAGACUUGCCAUUCUCAUAUUUAAUAUUUACAGGGUGUGUUAGGCUGUCCUUGCAUUGCUAUAAAGAAAUACCUAUAAAGAGACUGGGUAAUUUGCAAGAAAAGAGGUUUAAUUGGCUCCUGGUUCUGCAGGCUGUACAGAAAGCAUAACGCCAGCAUCUGCUUCUGAGAAGGCCUCAGAAAGCUUACAAUCAUGGCAGAAGGUGAAGGGGGAGCAGGCAUCUCACAUGGUGGAAGUAGCAGCAAGAGAGACAGGAGGGAGGUGCCAUACAUCUUUAAUUGGCCAGAUCUCAUAAGAACUCAUUGACUAUUGCGAAGACAGUACCAAGAGGAUGGUGUUAAACCCUUCAUGAGAUAUCCACCCCCAAGACCCAAACACUCCACCAGGUCCCACCUCCAACAUUGACGAUUACAUUUCAACGUGAGAUUUGGGCAGGGACAACAUCCAAACUGUAUCACAGGGUUUUGCUAUUUUUUCUAUUUAUGAGCAAUACCAUAUUCUAUAAUUUCAAGUAAGCUUUGAUUUUGUCAGAGAGACUGAUGAGCAGAAGUCACCCACUAGUGAGUGAGCUUAGCUACUUUUCCUGUGUCCGUAUCUCAUCAUGAUGUUAUUAUUCUCUAGUUGCACUAACUCUCCAAAGGAAUUAUGUUUUUAUAGUGAAAAUUAUAUGCAGUACUGGAAAUUAAGAUUGCAUGGACUCUCAAAAAUCUUGAGAUGACUCUUUAUAGAUAUCUAUCUAUAGAUUUAUAAGGAUACAUAGGUUGAUAGUCACAGACGAACAUCAUACAUCAAUAUAUAUCAAAUAGCUACAGGAAUUAUUAGCAGUUCCUGUAGUCUUGGUGAAAAAGCAGUUCCCCAGUCCAAAGAUCUUUUCAUCAAGGAAGUAUUUGUUUUUCUGGAAUCUACAGGCUUUAGAAGGAAUCGAGUUAGAAAAAUCAAAGUCAUUAAGUUAUUCUUAACAUUCGUUUUAUUUUCAUCUUCUUUAACAUUCGUCAUAUUCUAUAACAUCAACUAAAAUAGUCAUGUGUGGAAUACAAUUAAUCACACAUUAUAAAUGAUAUUUUCACAACUUAAGCUGCAAAUAAUAGAUGUUAGGCCAUUCAUUUUUCUCUUUUGAUAGAAACAUUUUCUGAUUUUUCUCACAUCAUCAGCUCUUCCAAGUUUUAAGGAAUUGCUUGUAAAACUAUCUUACUUCUUAGCAUUUAUUAGGUGUGUGUGUGUGUGUGUGUGUGUGUGUGUGUGUGUGUGUGGUGUGUUUCUGGUCCUACAUUGAAAUACCUAUUAUCUUUUUAAUUUUAUAACUUAAUCCUUAAGUCACUGUUCCAAAGUCAUGACUCAUAGUUGAUCUGAAAUUCUGGGCAUUGCAGAAAGGAAGCAGAAGUUCGAUAAAAUAUCACAUAAGAAGAACUUUUAAUCUAAAAACCCUACACCAAAGAAAGGAAGACUAACUGUAGCAGCCUUUAAAACUGAUACUGUGAUUUUGCUUCAUUUUUGUAAGAUUUAAUAGUUUCUACUAUUAGACGAAGUGAUAAAUAAUAAAAAUUGUUUUGUCUUCAUAAUGUUCUUGGGAAGACUGGCCAAAAUAGAGGCAAGGAGCCUGAUAACAAAAAUCUUUAGCUGUGUUUCUAAAUUUAGGCCUUCUCUGCCUAGAAACUGAUAGGUAAUAAGAUAUGAAUAAGCUUCAUGCAAUUUAUUUGCAUGUCCACAUUUUAUUAAAUUUCUUGAAUUCUGUGACAGUACACAUGUAUAACCUCAUGAAAUCCUGAUGUUUUAAACAGUUUAGUACCUUAAAACAAUAACACCAACAACAAAAACAAAAGCCAGCCUUAAAGAUAUAUACAUGUGACAUUGCUCACUGAGAAGUCCUUUUCUAGUCAACCCAUGGUUUAUAAUUCACAGAGCUAAACAUAAGAUGGAUUUUAAAUCAAAAUACUAUGGUGAAUUAAAACAAAUACUAGACAUUUUGCACUUUGAACCAAAUAGAAUCUCAACUGGUAAUUCAGCUUCUCAAAUGUCAUAACUUACAGUGGCCUCCAAACUGUUUUAAAAUGGGUAUACAUAAGUAAAAUACUGUCAAGUACACGCUAUGUAUAUCAUAAUCACUAAAGCAUGGUUUCUCAACCCCGGCACCAUUGACAUUUUGGGCAAGAUAAUUCUUUGUCAUGGAGAACUGUACAUUAUAGGACAUUAGCAGCAUCCCUGGGUUCUACCAACUGUAUGUCGGCAGUACCUCCCCCAGGUGUGACAGCCAAAACCUCUCCAGACACUGCCAAAUGUCCCCUAGGGAGAAAGAUCACUCCAAUUGAGAACCACUACUCUAAAUAAUGUUCAUGUAAUACUGCACUAAUAUAUGGUGUAAAGCAAACAUGAAAAAAUGUCUAUUUAUAAGGUUUAUUUUUUAAUAGUGCCAAAAGAAACUUUCUCUAUAAAUGUUAUAAUGAAUAACUUUUAGGAUAAAAAACAUGACAGAAUAUGCUUGAAGCUGCUUUUUAAAUCUUAGCCUAAAGAAGAAGGCACAUCGAUUCAAACUGCAGUUUAAUACUUGAUUUUAAAGGCCGUGAAGGUAGAAAAAAACAUGUAACUCCAAACGGACAAAAUACAACUUUUUUACUAAGUCAUGAUGCAAAAUUUUCAUCUAGCCUAACAGUAACCCAAAGGAGUCUACUGAAAUUUUACUAGUAAAUAUAUAUGCUUUGAUGUCUGGAAAACAAAUCGGAAAUUACAUUUUUAUAUUUUGAAUACGUAUAUUUGAAAUUACCACAAGUGCAAUUAUUAAUUUGUCAAAAAUUUUAAUGGAUUGGAAAACUGUAUUCAGAUUUUUAAAAUUUCUGUAUGAGAGUUUUAAUAGGUAGUAAAUACACAUCAUUUUCAGUAAUAAAUUCAUAUAACAAUAUACACAUUUCCAAAAUAUUUUUAGAAUGAUUUAUACAUAACACAACUUCUUUUAUAAAGCACUUACUUGCUCACUCAUUGUUUAAGUGCCAUCUUUAUCUUGGAGAAACAAAUUAUGUACUGUUUAAAAAAAUGUAUUCUCAGUAGCAUAAUAGUGACAACUGCUUAUCGUCACUGAAAUGUCAGUAAAUUUGAGUUAUUUGCUUUUUGUAAAAAAAAAAAAUGAGUAAGUAAUCUCUUGUUCCAGUUCUUUGCUCUGAGAUAACCAGCAAACCUCUCUAUGGUAACAAAUGGUGUUUGUGGCCACUGCCUACCUCAUUUCAAAUAUUGUAAAGAAUUCACUUUUUACUAAUUUGGGUUUUUUUAAUGAAAAUAUUAGAAUAUCAAUGUCAGUCUAUAGCAUUUUGUGCACUUUUAGCUUUAACUUUUUGCUAAAAUAGCUCGUCUAUUAAUUUUGCAAUGCUAUCUUCAUAAACAGCCUAGAAUUCUUUCUGUGGUUACAUUUAUAGUUUUUAGAUGAAAUAUUAUAUUUAUUAAAGGAGCCAUUUACUGUUGAGACAUCACCUCAUUGGUCUUUCUUCCCUUUGGUGGCUCAUAAUGAAAGGGGGAAGGCAAUCGUUCAUAUUCCAUCAUUGAAACAAAAUUUAGCAAAUACUAUAAGCCAAGACCUAUUAGAAACAUCUGUGCUUACAUUUACUAUAUAUUCCAAACCUUUUACGUGACAUAAUUUGUUAUAAAACUUGUUUAUUCAGAUCUUUUGCAAUGUUGACUGUGUUUUUACCAGAAAAUACAUUCAAAGGAAUGUACUUUAGCCUGGUAACCACGUUGUUUUCCAAGGAUUCUUUCAGCCAUUUUUACUAAGGCAAAAUGAACAUGUUUCCUCAAUGUGUCUUUAGGUCAUUGGCUAUUCAGUGAAGUUUUUCAUUAAACAUUAAUUGGGUGUUACAUAACUAAA